GUUUCUAGGUUUUCCAAACUGGAGGUGGAUGGGGAGGAGAAAAAUCUGCCCCAACCUGCCUUUCCUCUCUCUCAAUCUCUCUCUUUCUCCCAGAAACUCCACUGGGUUAGGCUGGGCAGUGGCAACUGAUUGGUCCCAGGCCAUCAUGUGCUAAGCGUUGCUGAGGCUUUGGGAUGGUCUGAGCUUGCAUUAAAUUGAUCAGUUCCUGCACAUUAUAGCUCAACCUGCCCGUGAAUCAGAUCUUUUUUUUUUUUUCCAUUUUUUUCUCUCUCUCUCCCAGUCCCUCCCUCCCUAACACCAGUCUUAUUUUAGCUAUAACCCAGGAGGAGGAGGAGGAGGAAGACAGGGCAGAAAAAAAGACUAGCCAUUGCAGCAUCCAGGAAACCCUUAUGAGUAGAUGGUGGAUGGGACCUGCUCCUUCUCUCUUCUUUUUCGUUUUUGGAUUUUACAGGAUUUCUUUGCUGCAUUCAACUCCAAGAUGAUGCAAAAUUGACAUUCAGGCGCUCACACCAAAAUCAUAAUAAGGCAGGAAGCAGAGACCGCCGGUGAACUUGCAACAGGAAAAAACCAACCAAACAAAAAAUCCAGCCUACAUCUUAAGACGCUUAGCAAGACCCCAAUAGCCUUUUAUUCCUCUCCAGAUCUUGCAAGGUUUUGAAGACGGCAGGAUGAUGCACAAGUGAAAGCAGAGACCUUGGGGGGGGGUGUCUUUUUUUUUGCUUUUUUAAACAUUAUUGUUAUUUUCUUCCCUGAUGCUAACAUUUUGGGGGGGCGAGGCUAAGGGGAACGCACUGAUUUUAAAAACAAAUGUUAGGGUACAUUUGUUUUCAAGCGUGCAAAGCUGAACAGGACAGAGGAAGGGUUGCAUUCUUUAUUUUUUAAUUUCUUUUUUUUUUUUUGCCAAAAAUUGCAUUGCAAAUAUAUAGUUGCGGGCCCGUUUUAUUUCUUUGUAGCGCACUUCCCCACCCCCCGGGCUUGAAGUGAGGAGCUGGUGCAUUCAGGGGUUUUAAAUUGAAUGUCGGGAGGGAGGGAGGGAGGGAGGCAGGGAGGAGGCGCUGCACUUGCUAUAUUUGAUCGUAAUUAUUUGUAUUUCGUUACUUUGCUGGGAGUGAGACAUUUUUUUAAAUUGCUUUUUUUUUGGGGGGGGGGGGUUGGGCUGGCGGCGAAUUGCGGUUUUUGGGUUGCCAUUCUGUUUUGUGGGUGGCUCUUUAAUUAUUCUUUUUAGCGCUGGCAACCCUCGGGCGAGGUUGGCGCAUCGAUGAGUUGUUAUUUUUAAUUGCAGAGCACCAUUUGCCGAGGGUGGUGCGUUCGUUUUUUCAUUGCAAUUUUCUUUGGGGGGGGCUGUGCGUGCGCGCGUGUGUGUGCGCGGGGGUCGCAUCGGUGCCUUCCCUGAGCGGGGCGGAGAGAGGCUUGAGGAAGGAUGGCCAGGGUCUCUGGUGCUUUCGCCGGCCGUGCUCCUGCCUGAACGUCCCCCUCCUUCAGCUGCCAGCCCCCCGAGCAGCCGCAGCCGCAGCAGCCGAUGGGAUGUGACCAGCUUCUCUUCUCCGGCAGCGUCCUCAGCAUCGUAACCCCCGGCCCUUUGCUCUUUGCAGGAUGGCUCGCUUCGGAGACGAGGUGCCGGCCCGCUACGGGGCUGGCGGCUCCGGGGGCGCUGGCUCCGGGGGCGCGGCGGGCGGUGGAGGCGGCCGGGGUGCAGGGGGCAGCCGGCAGGGCGGACCGCCCGGGGCCCAGAGGAUGUACAAGCAGUCGAUGGCCCAGCGAGCCCGCACCAUGGCUCUCUACAACCCCAUCCCCGUCCGGCAGAACUGCCUGACUGUCAACCGGUCCCUGUUCCUCUUCAGCGAGGAUAAUGUGGUGAGGAAAUACGCCAAAAAGAUCACCGAAUGGCCUCCUUUUGAAUACAUGAUUUUAGCUACUAUCAUAGCAAACUGCAUUGUUCUUGCUCUGGAGCAGCACCUGCCUGAUGAAGACAAGACCCCGAUGUCAGAACGACUGGAUGACACAGAACCAUAUUUCAUCGGAAUCUUUUGUUUCGAGGCUGGAAUUAAAAUCAUCGCCUUAGGGUUUGCUUUCCACAAAGGCUCCUAUCUGAGGAAUGGAUGGAAUGUGAUGGACUUCGUGGUGGUUCUCACAGGCAUCUUGGCGAAAGUCGGCUCUGACUUCGACCUGCGAACGCUGCGGGCAGUUCGUGUGCUCCGGCCACUAAAGCUGGUGUCGGGGAUUCCAAGUUUACAAGUUGUUCUGAAGUCCAUCAUGAAGGCUAUGAUACCUCUGCUACAAAUUGGCCUACUCUUGUUUUUUGCAAUCCUUAUUUUUGCAAUCAUAGGAUUAGAAUUUUAUAUGGGAAAAUUUCACACCACCUGCUUUGACUUGGUGACAGGCGAAAUCAAGGUCGAUGUUCCAUGUGGGACAGAAGAACCAGCCCGCAUGUGCCCCAAUGGGACAGAAUGCCGUGAGUACUGGGAAGGCCCGAAUUACGGGAUCACGCAGUUCGAUAACAUCCUGUUUGCUGUGCUGACUGUCUUCCAGUGUAUCACCAUGGAAGGGUGGACCGAACUCCUUUAUUAUAGCAACGAUGCCUCAGGGAACACUUGGAACUGGGUGUACUUCAUCCCCCUCAUCAUCAUUGGAUCCUUUUUUAUGCUGAACCUUGUGCUGGGGGUGCUGUCUGGGGAGUUUGCCAAGGAAAGAGAGCGGGUGGAGAACCGGCGGGCGUUUCUCAAGUUGAGACGGCAGCAGCAGAUUGAGAGGGAGCUCAACGGCUACAUGGAGUGGAUCUCCAAAGCGGAAGAAGUGAUCCUAGCGGAGGAUGAGACGGAGGAAGAGCAGAGGCUCCCGUUUGAUGUUGGAGCUCUGCGGAGAGCCACCAUCAAGAAAAGCAAGACAGACCUGCUGAACCCGGAGGAAGCAGAUGAUCAGCUGGCCGACAUCUCCUCAGUGGGUUCACCCUUUGCUCGAGCCAGCAUCAAAAGUGCCAAGCUGGAAAACUCCACCUUUUUUCACAAAAGGGAGAGGAGGAUGCGUUUCUAUAUCCGCCGAAUGGUCAAAACUCAGGCCUUUUACUGGACAGUCCUCAGUCUGGUAGCACUCAACACCUUGUGUGUUGCUAUAGUACACUACAGCCAGCCAGAUUGGCUAUCCGACUUCCUCUACUAUGCAGAAUUCAUUUUCUUAGGACUCUUUAUGUCCGAAAUGUUUAUAAAAAUGUACGGGCUCGGAACGCGGCCUUACUUCCACUCCUCCUUCAACUGCUUCGACUGCGCCGUUAUCAUAGGGAGCAUCUUUGAGGUGGUCUGGGCUGUCAUGAAGCCUGGAACAUCCUUUGGAAUCAGCGUGUUACGAGCUCUCAGGUUAUUGCGUAUUUUCAAAAUCACAAAGUACUGGGCUUCCCUACGGAACCUGGUGGUGUCUCUCCUGAACUCCAUGAAGUCCAUCAUCAGCUUGCUGUUCCUUCUCUUCCUCUUCAUCGUCGUCUUUGCCCUUUUGGGGAUGCAGCUCUUUGGGGGCCAGUUCAAUUUUGACGAUGGGACCCCUUCCACCAACUUCGACACUUUCCCAGCAGCAAUAAUGACAGUAUUUCAGAUCUUGACUGGCGAAGACUGGAACAUGGUAAUGUACGAUGGGAUCAAAUCUCAGGGCGGAGUCCAUCAGGGGAUGGUGUACUCGGUCUAUUUCAUUGUUCUGACCUUGUUUGGUAACUAUACCCUGCUGAACGUGUUUUUGGCUAUCGCCGUGGAUAACCUGGCUAACGCACAGGAGCUCACCAAGGAUGAACAAGAAGAGGAGGAGGUGGCCAACCAAAAACUUGCACUACAGAAAGCCAAGGAGGUGGCGGAAGUGAGCCCCCUGUCUGCAGCCAGCAUGUCUAUAGCGGUGAAAGAGCAGCAGAAGAACCAAAAAUCCUCCAAGUCUGUCUGGGAACAGAGAACGAGCGAGAUGCGGAAGCACAAUCUGCUGGCGAGCCGGGAAGCCCUGUACAAUGAGCUGGACCCCGAGGACCAAUGGAAGAUGACCUAUGCCCGGGCCAUGCGGCCUGACAUCAAGACCCACCUGGACCGGCCGCUGGUGGUUGACCCCCAGGAGAACCGCAACAACAACACCAACAAGACCCGGCCCAGCGAGCCCUCCAUGGAGCAGCGCUUCAGCCAGCAGCGGGCCGAGGAUUUCCUGCGCAAGCAGGCCCGCUACCACGAGCGCUCGCGGGAGUUUAGCAGCUCCCGCAGCUAUGAGCAACCUGAGGCAGAGGGUCUUGAGGCCCGACGGCAGCGCAGCGGGAGCAAGGAGACUGAUCUGAACCAGGACGGCACCUACCGGGACCUGGACUAUCCCAGCCAGGGUCACGAGAGCAGCCAGGAGCAGGGCUUCCGCGACAGCACCUCGGAGCGGAUCAGAGCUGUCGACCCCCACCGCAGGCACCAGCGCCGUCAAGGGGGCAGCAAAGAGAGCCGCAGCGGGUCGCCCCGGAUGGCCGAGGGCGAGCGGGAUCAUCGGCGGCACCGGGCUCACCGCCGGAUUGGAGAGGAGGGCGGCGGGGGCAGGGACGAGGGCAGCAAGGUGGAGCGGCGACUGCGGCACCGGGAGGGGAGCCGGCCCUCCUGCGGGAACGUGGAGGGGGAGCAGCUCGACGGGGAGAGACGCCGGCGCCACCGGCAUGCCGCGCAGUCCACCUACGACACCGGCGGCAAGAGGGACGACAGGGAGAGGCGGCACCGGCGCAGGAAAGAGAACCAAGGCCCCAGCUCAGUGCCCGGCCCGAACCUCUCCACCACGCGGCCGAUCCAGCAGGACAUGGGGCGCCACGAGCCACAGGUGGCGGAGGACAUAGACAACAUGAAGAACAACAAACUAGCCACCACGGAGCCCUCGAUCCCCCACAACGCCAGCCACCUCCAGAGCCCAGCCAAGGUGGGCCACCAUGCCAACUGCAUGGCCAUCCGGGCAUCCCACAACCUUCCUGGCACCCUGGGCCAGCCGCCCCCCAACUCCCAGAAUGCUGCCAACCGCCAGGCACCCAGCAACCUGCCCCAGCCCGGGCCCCCGAAAACCCCCGAGAACAGCCUUAUAGUCACCAACCCCAGCACCCAGAACAACCCAGCCAAGGCUGCCAAGAAGCCCGAGCACACCACAGUGGAUAUCCCAGCCACCUUCACACCACCCAUCAACAACACCGUCGUGCAAGUGAAUAAAAAUGCCAAUCCAGACCCACUGCCAAAGAAGGAGGAAGAGAAGAAAGAGGAGGAGGAUGGCGAGCAGGAGGGGAAUGGGCCCAAGCCCAUGGUUCCCUACAGCUCCAUGUUCAUCCUCUCCACCACCAAUCCGUUCCGCAGGCUCUGCCAUUACAUCGUGAACCUGCGCUACUUUGAGAUGUGCAUCCUGAUGGUGAUCGCCAUGAGCAGCAUCGCGCUGGCCGCUGAGGACCCUGUGCAGCCCAACGCUACCCGCAACAACGUUCUGCGCUAUUUUGACUAUGUCUUCACGGGCGUCUUCACCUUUGAGAUGGUCAUUAAGAUGGUCGACCUGGGGCUGGUUCUUCACCAAGGCGCCUAUUUCCGGGACCUGUGGAACAUCCUGGAUUUCAUCGUGGUCAGCGGAGCACUGGUGGCCUUUGCCUUCACGAGCAGCUCACGAGGCAGCAGCAAAGGGAAGGACAUUAACACCAUCAAAUCACUGCGUGUCCUCCGUGUCCUCAGGCCCCUGAAAACCAUCAAGCGAUUGCCAAAGCUCAAGGCUGUCUUUGACUGCGUGGUGAACUCUCUCAAAAACGUCCUCAACAUCCUCAUCGUCUACAUGCUCUUCAUGUUCAUCUUCGCUGUGGUGGCCGUCCAGCUCUUCAAGGGCAAGUUCUUCUACUGCACGGAUGAGUCCAAGGAGUUUGAGAAGGACUGUAGGGGCGAGUACCUGGUCUACGAGAAGGACAAUGAAGUGAAAGCCCAGAAGCGGGAGUGGAGGAAAUACGAGUUCCACUAUGACAACGUGCUGUGGGCACUCCUGACUCUCUUCACUGUGUCCACGGGGGAAGGCUGGCCACAAGUCCUCAAACACUCGGUGGAUGCCACCUAUGAGAACCAGGGCCCCAGCCCCGGCUAUCGUAUGGAGAUGUCCAUCUUCUACGUUGUCUACUUCGUGGUCUUCCCAUUUUUCUUCGUGAACAUUUUUGUGGCCUUGAUCAUCAUCACGUUCCAGGAACAGGGGGAUAAGAUGAUGGAGGAAUACAGCCUGGAGAAGAAUGAGAGAGCCUGCAUCGACUUCGCCAUCAGUUCCAAGCCCCUGACCCGGCACAUGCCUCAGAACAAGCAGAGCUUUCAGUACCGCAUGUGGCAGUUCGUGGUGUCGCCGCCCUUCGAGUACACCAUCAUGGCCAUGAUCGCCCUCAACACCGUUGUCUUAAUGAUGAAGUUCGACAAGGCCUCAACUGCUUAUGAGGACGUGCUAAAGAUGUUCAACCACGUCUUCACUUCAUUAUUUUCCCUGGAGUGUCUGCUGAAGAUCAUGGCCUUUGGAGUGCUGAAUUAUUUCCGUGAUGCCUGGAAUAUCUUUGAUUUUGUCACAGUUCUGGGUAGCAUCACAGACAUCUUAGUGACAGAGUUUGGGAACAACUUCAUCAACCUGAGCUUCCUGCGGCUCUUCCGUGCUACCCGCCUCAUCAAGCUCCUGCGCCAGGGCUACACCAUCCGCAUCCUGCUGUGGACCUUCGUCCAGUCCUUCAAGGCCCUUCCCUAUGUCUGUCUGCUGAUUGCCAUGCUCUUCUUCAUCUACGCCAUCAUCGGCAUGCAGGUGUUUGGUAACAUUGGCAUCGAAGACGAAGAGGAGGACUCGGCUAUCACAGAGCACAACAACUUCCGCACUUUCUUCCAGGCCCUCAUGCUUCUGUUCAGGAGCGCCACCGGCGAGGCGUGGCACGAGAUCAUGCUGUCGUGUCUGAGCGGGAAGCCCUGCGAUGAGAACUCGGGGAUCAAGGAGCAUGAGUGUGGCAACGAGUUCGCCUAUUUUUAUUUUGUCUCCUUCAUUUUCUUCUGCUCCUUCCUGAUGCUGAACCUGUUUGUGGCCGUCAUCAUGGACAACUUUGAGUACCUGACCCGAGACUCCUCCAUCCUGGGGCCCCACCAUCUGGACGAGUACGUGCGUGUGUGGGCAGAGUACGACCCCGCUGCUUGUGGCCGAAUUCAUUAUAAGGAUAUGUACAGUUUAUUACGUGUUAUAUCUCCCCCACUGGGCUUAGGCAAGAAAUGCCCUCAUAGGGUUGCUUGCAAGAGGCUGCUCCGCAUGGACCUGCCCGUGGCUGACGACAACACCGUCCACUUCAACUCAACCCUCAUGGCUCUGAUCAGGACCGCACUGGACAUCAAGAUCGCCAAAGGAGGAGCCGACAAGCAGCAGAUGGAUGCCGAGCUCCGGAAGGAGAUGAUGGCCAUCUGGCCCAACCUCUCCCACAAGAACCUGGAUCUCCUUGUCACCCCUCACAAAUCCACGGACCUGACAGUUGGGAAGAUCUACGCCGCUAUGAUGAUCAUGGAGUACUACCGGCAAAGCAAGGCCAAGAAGCUCCAGGCCAUGAGGGAGGAGCAGAAUCGAACGCCGCUCAUGUUCCAGCGUAUGGAGCCACCGUCCCCCACCCAGGAGGGAGUCCCGGGGCCGAACGCUCUCCCAUCCUCUCAUCUGGACCAAGGGGGUGGCCUGAGUGCGCCUGAAGGGGGCAUCAAGGAGAGCCAGUCCUGGGUCACCGAGCGGGCACAGGAGAUGUUCCAGAAGACAGGCACCUGGAGUCCAGAGCGAGGUCGCCCCGAAGACAUGCCCAACAGCCGUCCCAAUUCCCAGUCUGUGGAGAUGAGAGAGAUUGGGAAGGACGGCUACUCAGACAGCGACCACUACCUCCCUAUGGAAGGGCACGGCCGGGCUGCCUCCAUGCCACGACUCCCUGCUGAAAACCAGAGGAGGAAGGUGCGACCCCGAGGAAAUAAUCUCAGUACGAUCACGGACACCAGCCCCAUGAAGCGCUCGGCUUCCAUGCUGGGCCACUCGCGCUCCAAAGGCAUCCGGCUGGACGACUACUCCUUGGAGAGGGUCGUUCCCGAGGAGAACCAGCGGCAUCACCAGCGGCGGAGGGAGCGGAGCCACCGGGCCUCGGAGCGCUCGCUCAGCCGCUACGCGGACGUGGACACAGGGCUGGGCACGGACCUGAGCAUGACCACGCCAUCGGGCGACCUACCUCCCAAAGAAAGAGACCAGGAGCGGGGACGGCCCAAGGACCGGAAGCAUCACCACCAUCACCACCAUCACCGGCAUCCCCACCCCUCCUCCGACAAGGAGCGCUAUUCGCAGGAGAGACACGAGCACAGCCGGCCCCGCUCCAGAGACAGGCGCUGGUCCAGAUCCCCCAGCGAGGGCCGUGAGCACAUGCCCCACAGGCAGUAGUUCGGUAAGUGGCAGUCCAGUCCUUUCAACAUCCGGCACCAGUACCCCCAGGCGAGGACGCCGCCAGCUCCCACAGACCCCUUCUACACCCCGGCCACACGUGUCCUAUUCCCCUGUGGUCCGUAAGGUCAUCAGCACAGGCCCCCAGCAGCAGCCGCAGUCAGUGCAUCACCCCAGCAGGAUAUCCACCCCCGCGCCGAGACGAUACCCCUCGCUCCCCGCCGAGCCCCGGCUGGCAGAGCGGCCCGGCAGGUCGCCCGCCAUGGAGAGACACACGGUCCCGCCGCGGAACGAUUCACCCCGAGCCUCCCGCCAUGCCAGCAGCCGGUGGUCGGUGCCCCACGUCUCCGAGCCGCACCCGGGACCCCGUCGUGGCGGUUAUUACCGGAGUCCGGACUGCGCCGCACCCCCCAGCAAGGAAGCCUUCUCCUAUGAGACCACGCACGUCAGCAGCUCAGGGCGUUCGCCCAGGACUUCCCGGGCGGGAGGCGGCUCUUCACCCUCCAGGCCUGGGCGGCGACUUCCUAACGGAUAUUACCACUCCCAUGGAGCAGCCAAGCCACGCUCGCGCCAAGGACUGCAUGAACCCUCUAGCGAAACUGACGAAGAUGACUGCUGCUAACCUGGAAGCGGUUUGACACACACACGCACACUUGCAACACACACACUGGACAGAGACGACAUUACCAGAUUGGGGAGGGGCGGGGGGAGGAAAAGCACAUGGAAAUCACAACAAUCUGCCCUAUGGGGAGGUGUCUGGAGAGAGAGUGCUCAAAUUGCAGAGAGGGAAGUAACUUUGGUUGGAGGGGUUUUCUCGGGGUGGGGUGGGGGACAGGGUUUUGGGAUGGGGGAGGACAAGGGAUCUAGGGACCAGAGCAUGUUUAUCUUUUACAGAUCAAGUUGUGUGUGGUGGUUCGGGGGGGGGGGAGUGGGGGGAAAAAACCACCCAGUUCUUCAGAAUCUAAAGAAGAUUUUAAAAAAAUGGGAGAAGGGACUACAAUCCAUGCAAAAUGCCCUCAGGUAGCCUCUCCCACAUGCAGCAUGUGUCUGUGGCCCUGAGACAGCAGACCGGUUUUCCUCGGGUGCUUGGCAUGGCAGGGUGGGGAGGGGGGGAUGUGCUUGGAUGUGACCCUCCACCCUCAACAAAGAAGUUUUGACAAAAAUUCCACACCAGAAACAACAACAGCAACAAAUCUCGACAAAAAAAAAAUAUCAGUAAAAAGGAGGGGGGAAAAAGACAAAAGUAUUUUUUUCUGAACUUCUAUUGAUGAGUUUUAUCAUCUCGACUUACCUGGUUAACUUCAAAACAAGUAAAGUUUGUGGCCUGCCAUUUUGAAGGACACGCACGUGCACAACCCCGACACACACACACACACACACAAAGGAGUGCUUGCUGGUUAUACCAAACCCUAAUUAUUACUGCCUGCAGAGAUAAACAAACAGAAACCCCCCCACACACAAAAAUGAGAAAUAAACAAAUACAACUAAACAGAAAGAAAAAAGACAAAAAUAAUAAUGGGGGGGGAGGGGAAAGCAUUUUUCUUCCGACAUUUUGGUCCUGCUUGAAACUAACAAAACAAAAAACCCGAAAACGUCAAAAGAAAAAAAAAGUCCUUGGCUUCUUUUCCUUUUUCCUACUUUGUUUGAGAAAAAAAAUUAAAAGAAAAACACCCCCGUGGGAUUGGGACUGUGAAAUAUUGCAUGAGAAAACUACAAAAAAAAACGUUAAAAGAAACAAAUGAGAAAAAACACACACAAAAACCCUAAAAAAAUUAAAAAAAGGAAUUUUUGAUUGAAAUGUUCUCAGUUCUUGGUGUGAAAUGCUCUGAGAGUUUGCUCUUUCCCUAGAAAAUGCAGUGACACAGCUCUUCCUCCCCCCGGCUGAAGGGUCCGACCGGGGGGGUAUCACCUCCAGAUUGUUCAGCCACAUCUCAUCUUUCAGUCUAGCAAGAAAGGCUGCAGCUGUUACAGUGAAGAAAAUCUUGAAAAUCUGACCCCUACUGUGAGCCUGAGUCUGCUGAGAGCCUGAACCGACAGCCCAGAGCGGGGAACUGUCCUGCUUAUGUCAUAGGUGGUUGACUCAGAUACCAACAAUGAUAACUUGAAAUGUCAGUAGUGUUAACUCUUUUGCUGCCCAUCAAAUCCCUAAGUAAAAGUGCAGGAGGAUCGCGCUGGGACAAUCAACACAAUAUGUUCUUACUGGUAUUGCAGGACCCCAGCGUGCUGAGGGCUGUACGUUGCUGGGUAGGUGAAUUGGUAGCACUUAGCAGCCCCUGGCCUGGCCCAGAACACCACUGUGCUUGGCCCUGUACAAACAGAACAAACCGUUCCUGGUUCCAGUCUUAACUAAGCUACCAUCACUUGCCCUGCAUGGCUUCUGGUUUGGGCAAGGCCUUCAGCGGCACGUUGGGUUCCCCUUCCCACAGGCGGGGCUUGGCGUCAUAAGGUUUGGGAACAGCUGUUUAAAGGAGAACAGGAAUGCUGUGCACAACGACGCUGCAAACUGAGCCCCCAAGGCCUGGCUUGUUACUGCACAGCAAUAGCAAGGUGGACAGAAGCUUUUCAAGUACAAACUAGCAGAUGGGAGUCCUUGGGCUCGGACCUUCUUUGGUUACUAACAAACCCUCCAUCCAUCCAUCCCUCCGUACAUCCACCUCCAUGGGGGAGCUCUCCACCCAUCUCUGUCUCUCGACCCCCUACAGAUCUCUGCCCCCAUCUCUAUCUAUCCAUCCCUAUACAGAUCUCUCCACCCAUCUCUAUCUAUCGACCUCCUACAGAUCUCUGCCCCCAUCUCUAUCUAUCCAUCCCUAUACAGAUCUCUCCACCCAUCUCUAUCUAUCGACCCCUUACAGAUCUCUGUCCCAUCUCUGUCUAUCCAUCCCCUACAGAUCUCUCCAUCCCUCCAUCCCUCUCUAUGUCUGCAUCCCCUACAGAUCUCUCCACCCAUCUCCAUCUAUCCAUCCCCUAUAGAUCUCUCCACCCAUCUCUAUCUAU